AUUGCCACACAGACUUUCACAAUCAGUGGCAGUGGCUUCGGAGGACGCUGUUUGAUUCUGGUGGAGAUGGUUCAGUUUGCAUUUGGCAACCCUGACUUCCAGAGCGGGCUCAUGUUGACCCCGGCUACCAUUCACUGGCAAUAAAGUACUGGGCAAAGCCCCUUGAUGAAACAUCCGCUCUUUAUUUAGCUGUGCCAACUCCUCUGUAUCAGGGUAAUUCCAAUAUCUGGGCUCAGCGACAAUCUUGCUCUCGCUUGGCCUGUUGAGGGCAAGUCUAUCCUGAAAAACACCCAAAAGACUCGAGAUCUUUGAGGCGGCCCUGUCCUCCAAGAGACAACGGCAAGGCUUCCUCCGGAUAUUUAUCUCGGACCACAAGUGGAAAGAUGGCCAGCCGACCGAAGAGGAGGCCUUGAUGAUGCUAAAAGGGGGACGACAGUGCCAUCCCUGUGCCUGCCGUCUUCAUGUUCGUCCCCGGGAUGCCUGUCGUUGUGAACCAGAACACCCACCAGGGCCUGAAGCUAGUCAACGGUGCCAGCUACACUGCGCUCAACGUCAUUCUCGACAAAGCACACCCGGGCCACCGCGUUAAUGCCGACACCAUUAUCCACUUCAGCCCACCGGCAGGUAUUUUGCUAACGUCUGACACAACCAAAGACCUCCACUUCGUUAGUAUGCCGCCCGGCACUAUCUUACUGACACCUGUCAGCACGAAAAUAGAGUGCUAAAAAAAGCGCCCCUGGUAACAGAACACCGUCGUCCGCCGAGGUUUGCCGUACGUAGCUGCGUUCACCUGCACAGAUUAUAAGGUGUAAGGCAGGACGUUAAGUAGGGUAGCGUUAGAACUGCGCAGGACACAGAUAACAGUGGUUAACGGAGAAACCAUCCCUAACCAGUACGACCUAUAUAACCUAUACGUGCAGCUGUCUCAGUGUCCGUCGCUUAACGGUAUUAUACUGUUGUCGAGGGUACGGGGACGGGACUUUAUGGGAAACACUAUACCGGAAAGCAUAGUGGCGGUAGAGAAAAGGUUAGAACACUUAAGUAAGGCGACUGUUAAGGAUGUAGAAAUCCAGGGCUGG